AUGGAGCAAGUCUGCGCACGGUGUGCGAGACUUGGCCUCAGGCCAAGGUCUACUGUUCCAUCGAUUCCACUGACCACCAGUUCCAGAGGAUUCUCCAGCUCAACAGUCUCGUACGAUGAAGGUGAUCAAAAGCCAUCCCGUCAGCCAAGUGGCAGACCUCUGCCUGGCUCCUCCCUACGCGGCGCGCUCGACAGAAACACUGCCAGCAGUGGCUCAGCUACUCGACCACAAACGACUCGACCCGCAGGAGCAAUUCUGCGUCGAACAGGCUCACCACGAACGCAAACUGCUGGCCAAACGGGAACCGCUGCUCGAACCGGGACAGCUGCCGGAGCAGCAGGAGGAGCAGCUCGCGCACCACCUUCUGGCCGCCUCCUACAACGCACGGGAGCUCCUCGUCAAGGUCAAGGUCAACAGCUGCUAAUUCGACGAACGGCCGGUGGGCGUGGUCAGGGUCAACAACCACAUCAGGGACAGUUUGGUGCCGCUCAACAACAGUCUCCACGACAAGACCGAUCUAGAGGAGCUUCUGCACCUGCAUCGACGGGCAAGCGCACCACCGACCGCCGCGUUCGGCGCCUCGUCGAAAAGACCAAAACCUCCCUCGCCGAAGAAGAAGACUCUUCCGCCUUCGCCGCCGAAGACCUCCCCACCCGUGUGGAGAAUUACAUCAACACAAUCGUUGACCCACCCGCAAACCCGACGACAGAACUGCCCCAUGUGCCCGGUGAGUCGCUCUCCGUGACCGAACUGCGCAAGGACUGGCCCAACACCCCCCUCUCCAACUCCGGUUUGGUGGAAAGCGUGCAACAGAGGAUUGAGUGGCUCGCGCACCGAAUUCCGCAUGGCUACCAGACGCCGGGCCAGUUGGCGGAAUGGUACACCAAGGGGUAUUUCACGCGCUUCGAGUCCGAGGCGGAGAAGGAGGAAGUCCUAAAGAUCGCGCAGGAAAUGGCCAAGGUGGAGGCGGAUAAAGAGACGGAGAAGAACAACGUCGAGACACAGCCCAAGGAUAUGGACUUUGACGACGUGGUUUCCCGACCCGGCGAGCACAAGGGCCUCGCGGACACCUAUGUGCGCGGGGUGUACCCGGAAGUCAAGAAGCAGAAGAUGCCCUUCUUGGACCAGAUUGUGCGCAAUCUGAACAACAACGCGACUUUUCCUCAUGGCAAGACCGAGCAGUUCAUGCAGACGGUGCAGAAGGUCAUCGUCUCGCGUGCGCAAGGAGGAGGGCCCGCACAGAAGAGGGCUGAAAAGUAA